AUGAAGGAAGCGCUGGAUUCUCAUGGCGGAGUACGUGGAUGUAGGGUGGCAGUAUCAGAGGUUCAUAUUUCAAAGGCGAGUGAAACGGUAGAAUGGAAAGGGAUAAGUACAUUGUUCAAUUUUGAGUUUUUAACUACAGGAAUAAAGGCGUGGAAGGCUUAUAGAGUCGGUGAGGGUCAGCUGUUUUUAUAUGAGAACCUAUCUCAGUGUCUGCAAGGACCAACAUGUCUUCGCCUCAUUAUCCCUUUUACGAUCAACAAGGCAAGAGCUCAGCCAAGCUUGAUGUCGAAAACAAAAGGUCCUGUAAUAUGUGAGGAUCUUGUUAUGUGUGAAGACGAAGAAUGUGUCACCUUCUUUCCUACCCAAAGCGAUCUACAAGUUCACAUGGACACUGGGCGACAUAUCAUGGUUAUGGAACGUGAAAGUAUUUACGAUUUGGCACGAAAAAAGUGGGCAGAAAAAGUGACAGGAGUUCAACUCUUGCACUUUGCUGGAAAAGCAGGAGUAACACAAGAGGGCAGCGGCACAGUCACUUUAUCGAGGAAAGAACCACCCAAGGGCUGGGCUUUAAGUAGCGCUUCGUUUAAGACGGAAAGUGAAAACAAUAGGCCGGCAGCACCGGAAACCGUUGGAGAGUUGAGCUGUUCAGUUACUAAUUAG